AAAAGCUCCUUUAGUUUCAAAACUAAAAAGUAAUAUUUGAGUGUGUGUGUAUGCAAAGUGUGUGAGUUAUGGAUGUCUGUUGAGGGUAUUCUUCUAUAUAUUUAAUAGGUCCAAAGGUAAGAUAGUAGAGAGUCGUAUCUUCAGAUCUGUAGAUCUGAAGGUUAGAAAACUUUUGUUAUUAAGAAAUACUUCCAAUCAGGUCUUCAUAGUAAAGUUUAGAAACUAAAAAAGCAGCUAAACAGUAGGCGUACGUCUUACAUUUCGAGGGUUUACGUAUCCAGACCUCAAUCCGAUAACAUGCAGGAAGGUGAACACAUCUAAAAAAAAAAAAAAAGAGAACAACGUAACGUACAAUUUCAAAAAACCCAAAAAAAAAGAGUCAAAAUUUCAAAUUUGUAGUGGUACAAAAGUUGUAGUUUUUUUUUUUGUGAUUUCGUUGCGAUGGAGGAGGACAAAAGAGCUGAGCCAAAGCCACUGGGACCAGAGGUUACGAACCCAAGACCCACGCCUUCUCUGAGCCAGGCGAAUUGGAAGCAAGUGCAGCGGGAGAUCCACCUGAAGGUGGCCGAGGCCAUGAAGGACUUCUACAGUAUUCACUCGGAGGCGCUGCUGCGGGUGGAGCGCAUUCUCGAGAGGGACCUGUUGCCCAAACUGGAGAGCAAUGCUGGUGGAGAUCUCAAGGAGAUUGCGGAUUUGGUGCGUCGACUAUUGCUACGGGUGGAGAACCUGCAACCGGUCUUCAAACUCCAACUGGACGAGGGAACAAGAAAGCAGGCGGUGGUCGGCAAGCUACUCCAGGCGACGAGCGGCUUGCCGGUGGCGAGCCCAUCUUCAGACGCAGAUGAGAAGCCGGAGUUGCAGGGCACUACCGCUGUCACCGUUGCUGUCAUCUUCCGGAAUCCACGCUGCACCGGCCAGGCUGUCAGCGAAAGGGAGCUACCGGUGGUAAACGAACGCAGGCGUUGCAAGAUACAGCGCAGAGAUGGCGGUGCUCAGAUCCCCGAAUCCCAGGAAAGGCGCCUCUACAGGGAACGCGAGCGUGCCCAGUUCGAGGUCAACCUGGUGCUGCUCAAGAAGUCGCUAUUCUCCCUGCACCUCAACCGCAACAAUCGCUAUUGGCCACGUUCCCGUCGCCCAAUUACGGAGCCCAGAGGUCCCAUCCAUCGACCAAUCGAUCCAGCUCCGUUUUACGUCUGACCUACUGGAAGGAAAUGUCUAGUUUUUUUCUUUCAAUAUUUCACCCGUUCUUAAGCUGAUCGAUUGGUAGCUGAGCUAUAGUUCAUGUAUUGUUUUCUUGUAGUUCACCUCAGUUGAAAAUACAAAAGGUUGGGAGGAAUUUGAUCGUCUAUUAAAAAUGUGGGGAUCUGAGAUUUUAGGAUAUACGUCCAUUUUCAAGUUGUUUCAACUGAGAAAAGGGACUUUUUCUUUGUAGUACUAUUACAAUCUCGUUAGGUUUGUGUGAAUGAUUGUUGAAAUAUGGAUUUCUAUGUAUGUCUGUUGGAGGAAAUCUUGUAUAUUUUCAGUUAAUGUUUCCAUAAAGCAACAUUUUGUAACUGAUUUUAUAAAGUGUGUUAAAUCAGAGUGAGUGUUAAAAAAUGUGGUACUCCCCAAACGAAACUUGUGUAGAUUAAAUAGAUCCGUGGAAUCCGUAGAUUUCUUAGUCUCUAGUGAUACUGAAAAGUAAUGCCAUCCUUGUUAAUUACUAACUAACAAAGCUCUUUCUCUCUUUCUCCCACAUCUGCCUCUGUUCCUCUGUCUCUUUCCAAUCGAUGUCUUCCCGCACCUACACCUCUCACUCACUCCGGUGUCAUAUAUAUAUAUAUAUACAAACUAUAUAUCAACUAACCACAUCAUUAUCCAAACAAUCCGCCGCAAAAAUCACAACCAACCCGAAUACCUUUA